AGAUUCAAAACGAAAAUGGCGGCUGGAAAUGAUGUCCACAACAAUCACAAACUGAGCAGAAGUGGAACAAAAUGCAGUGUGUUUACCAGCCAGGAAAAGCCGAACAUGAGCCAGCCUGUGAUCUUCAACCCAGACUUCUUCGUGGAGAGGCUGAGACACGAGCAUCCACAUGCAUUUGUCGAUUUGGUGCUUAGCAACAUUACUCGUCUCAUAGACCUUCCAGGGGACGAGUUUGCUCAGCUCACCGGCGAGUCGGAGGCGAAGGUGCCCUCCGCCACUGGCUUUCUGCGCUCCCUCAACUUCCUUAAUAAACGUAAAGACAAAGGAGUGGUUUUCGGUGCACCAUUAACUGAAGAAGGAAUAGCACAGAUCUAUCAGCUCAUUGAAUAUCUGAGUAAAAACCUCCAUGUGGAGGGCCUGUUCCGUGUGCCGGGCCACAGCCUAAGGCAGGCGGCCCUGAGGGAGAUGCUGAAUGCCGGGGCGGAGAUAGAUCUAGAGACAGGGGACUUCCACCCCAAUGAUGCGGCCACAUUGCUCAAAGCGUAUCUGGGAGAGCUGCCGGAGCCUCUGCUCACGCACAGACACUAUCAUGCCCACCUGAAGAUUGGAGAGCUGACUCGCUUCGAUGAAAGAGGGGACAAGACAAAUGUGCCCGACAAGGAACACCAGAUUGAAGCGUUUCAGCUGCUUUUCAUGCUGCUCCCACCGGCCAACCGCAGCCUGUUGAAACUGCUGCUGGACCUGCUGUACCACACUGCCCGAAAUCAGCACAUCAACAAGAUGUCUGCCAUCAAUCUAGCCACAAUGUUUGCUCCACACAUCCUCUGGCCCAAAAAUGUGAUGGCUUGUGAUCUGCAAGGAGACAUCGAGCGGCUGAACAAUGGCAUAGCGUUCCUCAUCAGGCACUCACAGAAACUGUUCAAGGCACCUACAUACAUCAAAGAAUAUGCCCGCUUGUACUUCACAGGAUCAAAAACUCUUCAAUCGAAGGAUGACCUGGUACUCUGUUCUGGGACUGAAAGUGGGCUCAUAUCUGCUGACCCAGCUGCCUCCCCUUCUCCUUCCAUAAGAACAAUCAGAAGUGGAGUCAGGAACACCUCCACCAGCAGCUCAUGUGAGACCCAAAGUUACACUGAAUCGGCCCUUAAAGAACUGUACCAGCAGGUUAACAACAUGCCUGAAUCCGCCAAAAAGAAGAAGCUCAUCAGACAGUUUGAUAAGCAGCCUUUGCUGACCCCUUCGUCUGACUCACGGACGCCACUCAGCAGGAAACACUGGCGUUCACGCUCUUUGGGUGGAAUUAUCAAGAGGAAGGUGAUGGGAAGCCAACUGUUAGCAGAGAAAGAAAAUGGUCCUCGGAGUCCUCUGGCCGGCGGCCCAUCGGUGGCCACGCAAGAGAAAUCAGCAGCUGUGUAGGAGAUUCUCUUAAAGAAUGCGCACUUCCCAACUAACAAAACACCGAGUGUUGUGUUUGGGGAAUGAAAGGAUCUGAGGCGCCGACGCAAACCAAAAAAAUGAAAGCAAAGUCGUUGAAGUUUAUGUCUUAAAAAUGAGUAAGAAACCAAAUCACGUUUGACUUAAGCUAUGCAAAAGGGGUUAAAUAGACAAUAGUGAGAAUUUUGCCUCGGCAUUCAUCUUAAAAUCCUUAUUCCUUGUUCUUUCACAAUGUUCAGCGGGGUGCGAGUGAGAUGCAUUUACUCAAGUGAAUUUGCGGCUAUUUAGCUGAAACCAUUGCGUGAAAGAUUUAAUUUGCAAAUGUAUUUAUUUUUGUAUUGGUCAUCCAGGUUUUUCAAGUCCCUAAAUCCAGUGCAUCAGAUGUAUUGAGUGUGAAGUGCAGGCUUUUCUUUUUAAAUGUUACAAUUUUUUUAAGUUAUAGUAGCUUUAGUUGGACUCACAUUUCAUGCAGAGGGGUCCAGACUUUAACUUUGAAUCCGCUAUGUGCCUUUAAUUGAAUAUAUCUUGCCUUUCUUUAUAACAAAACAUUGUAUUCUCCUCUUUAAAUUCCAAAUAACCUUUAAUGUGUGCUAAAAUUUGGGUAAAUGAUUCAUUAAAAUAUUGGUAAAUUAAGGUAGAGAAUUAAGGUUGGGAGGAACACAGUUAAAAGCCAAAGGACAUUCUUGUGUAGAUUAUAUGAUUCAUAUCAAUAGUUUUCGCUUUCUUCCUAACAGCACACACUGUUAUACUAAAGAAUACUGUGAUACCUAAAAACUACUGCUAUUUUAAAUAUCUUGUUUUUAUUGUUUGAUAUGCAUUUGUAUUUUUUAUAAUUAUUCAACUUUUUAGUGCAAGUAAAUGUAAACAUUUUUAAUAUUUUUUCUUUCAUUUUUCAUUUUCAAAGGUUAAUGAAGAGGAAUGAGUUUUUUCCCUUCUCUUGUGGUUUUAUAACAAGGUGCUUUCUGGGCGAGUUUAAGCCACUUAAAAGCCUUAAAAGUCUUAAAAUAUCGGCCUCCCCGGUCGAUUGUUGCUCACUUCGCCUGUUACAAGCUGUUCCAGCUCCACUAUACUGUGACGCUACUGAGAAUCUAUGCAACUCACUGCUAUUAAAAGAAAUCAAGCUGACAUUCGUAGCGAGUCCUUUCAUUUGAAAUUAACACGUGGGAUGGAUGAAUUAUGAACUUUCUGGCCUUUUUCCACUUUUUCUUUCGUGAGGAUAGAUGAAUAUCUGAUGUGAGUCUUGUGGUGCUGUUGUACUUUGGGACCACAAGGUGCUGCUGUUUAGCUGCAUAUGAUUCGUCUGCCUGAUCUGAACAAAAUAAAGAAUUAUAGACAACACCCAUAUGAGAGAAAUCUGCUGAUCAACUA